AUGAGCUUUCGAGUGCAAGCUGCUGUUUUCGCCAUCAUUGCUUCGGAGGCCAUCGCGGGCAGCUGCCGGGAUGAGACUUGCGCAGUCAAGGACCGGAGUCUCAUCCAGAAGCAAGCUCUAUCCGCCACGCAGAAGGUGGAGUCGCUGGCGGAAGUGGAUCGGCCUCCCCGCAUCUUCCGAAACAUCAUCCCUGAGCCGGCCGAGCCUUCCGAGACAGCUGUAUCCUCUGACACCUCCAUCUGCGAGCAGAACAUCUUUGCGCGCAAGGACCUCUGCCCAUCUCAAUGCCCGUUUGCUGCUGAGAUGGAGAGCAAGUUUUGCCACUUCAGGUGCGUGCAGAAAAAUCAGUGCGGAGACCCGAGCACUGGCACGCUGCGCAAUGCCAGUAUUCCAGAUGAGAAGCUGCACCUCUGCCGCCAUUGCCAAGUGGAGGCCUGCAAGACCUGUAAAGCCGGGCCACCUGGAGCUUCGGGCAAGGACCUGGAGCGCUGUGUCCAGUGCUUUCCGGGCUACACGCUCACGGCGGAGGGCGAGUGCGAGAUGAAGGGUGAGGGCGUCUUCGCCGCGAUCGCGGCCGUGGGUGCAGUGGUCGCUGUGGUUGUGGUGCUCUGGUACCUGAGCGUCGUCUUCCGCCCCUGCAUCAACCAGGCUGGCAUCGAUGAGGGCUGCGAGGGCCAGGAGAGAUCGAUGAUCCUCCAACCCUACCAGCCAGGCACAGAGUCGGAGCCCUACCCGAUGAACACGAACCUGCUCACUACGAACAUUGCCGGGGCGGGCACGAUGCUCUUCUUCCGCUUCCAGUUCGCCCUGUUGUUCUGGGCGUUGACCCUGCUGGCGGUAUGGCUGGGCUUCUGUUUCCUGGUCAGCCAAGACCUCCUUAUACUCGGAAAUCGCGAAGCCAAGUCGCCGCAGGUGCUCUGUGCCGUGGUGAGGUGGGGUCGCGAGAGGCAGCUGGACCUCGUGUGGACGAAGGUGGCUUGGCUGGCCUUCGCUUACAUUUUCUCCGUGGCUGGGGCGGCCAUCUACGCUGUCCUCUCCGCCAAGCUGUACACAGAUGUCGAUAGUGACACUGACAGCAUGGCAGACUUCACCGCCAAGCUCGAUGGUUUGCCUCCCUUCUCGGGAGAUCAGAAGGUGGAGGAGGUGCUGAAGCAGAAGGUCCGUGAGGCGACCGGCGUAGAGGUUGUGGGCGUCUCGGUGGCCUGGAACUAUAAGGACUGCAAGGGCCGAGUUGGCGAGGCGCUGGAGAAGGAGCUGGGGCUCUUCGACGCCCCGGCCUCUGAAGCCAGCGCAGCUGGAGCGCCAGGCGAGGGCGAAGGCCUGAACGACAAGAUCACCCGGACCAUCCUCGAAGCGUGGCACGUGCACCUUCAGCACGCGCACCACGCACCCAGCGAUGAGGCCACAAAGCAGAUGCUGCUGGACAUGAAGAGCUCGUCCGUGGCAUAUGUGGUUUUUGCCACGGAGGCGGCCAAGAGCGCGGCAGUUGACGCUGUCAAGCGCAGUGGCCUCCUUAUCAACAGCAGCACUUGCACACUGUCGAAGGUGAACGUCGAGCCGGAGGAGUUGCUUUGGGCCAACAUGGCGGUCACGCCAGGUCAGCAGAAGGCGAAUCUCUUCCAGGGCACGAUGCUCGUCAGUGGAGCCUGCCUUCUGUGGACCCUGCUGCUGUACUUGCCAUACGCUUUCUACAUGGCCUCCUUCACCUACGCCAAUGGAGAUGAGCCAGGCGAGUUCUCCGAAGGCAUCUUCAUCACUCUGGUGGUCCUCAGCCAGAUCGGGCUAUUUGUCUGCAGCUCCAUCGCUUCGAAGAUGGCGGGCUUCCACUCGGAAGAUGAGGUCCACCGCUCGUACACCAUCUUCUACAAUGCGGCGCUGGUCCUGAAUCUGGGCUUGGACAUCACGCUCCAGGCCUACCUCAGCUACCUUCAGAUGGUCGGUGUGGGCGUCCACACGGCCGACGGCCAGCUUCUGGGUGCGAUGACCGACUUCCAGGACAUCUUCGAAUCCUAUCCCAUGCAGAAGUCCCUUGGGAAGCUUCUCUUCAAGUACUGCUGGCCGUGCACUUUUUUCGUGCCGUUCCUGUUUGAGCCCAUCGUUGCACAAGUCCUUCCUCGGCACAUUGCGAGGAUUCUGGUUGGUGCGAACCCUCGAAUUCGUGGGGAGCUCGCGGAGAAGGCCUUCGAGCUGUCGGAGAUGGAGCCUGGCCGGUACGCCGAUUUGAUUUUCAAUGUGAUCCUGGUGACCUGCAUCCCCUUCGUGUCUCCUGCCUACAUGGCGUUGACAUUUGGUGCCCUCAUCGUCUCGCACAUCUACCUUUACAUCUACGACCGAGUGAAGGUCUUGCGCUUCGUGUGCAAGUACAAAUGGUCGAGCCCGGCAGUGCACAACCUGGCACAGCAGCUCUUCAUCAUCCCGGUUGCCAUACUGGCCGGCGCACUGGUGUUCAAGGCCAACCAGGAGUCCGGCGGUCGCCAGCUUGGAUCCGGGCUGCUGAAAGGCCCUUUCCUGUGGUGGGGGAUUGUUGCAGCCAUGGUGUUGCACUCCAUCAUCCACCUCGUCAUGCUCAAGGUGAUCUGGUCCAUUUUCGGUGAGGAAUCUGAUGGUGCAGACAGCACGCAGCAGUACGAGACUGUGGCCCAGCGCUGCCCAGCCACAUACUUCUCGACCAACCCGGUGCAUUGCCUUCGCUCCAAGUUCAUACUUGAGCACAAGCCAGCUCAGGCGAUCUAUGCGGUGGGCAAAGAGCAUCUGAUGGUUGCCAACACAACCAUAGGCAUCUUGUCUGCGAAUUUGGAUGCGGAGGGGGGGAGGGGGAGGUUGACAUCUGCCCUCGAGGGCCCCCAGAUCCCCAGCUCUGUUUGUGCAGUUGGCAGCCCAGGCUCCUGCUUCGAGAAGAAAGGCAGUGGGAUGCCAGUGCAAGAUUGCUUCGGCCUCUUGGCUCUGCUGUCGGUGGUCAUCGCCAAGCUUGACAGCGAGGAGCUCGGAGCCGAAAUCCUCGAGGCGCCUUCGAUCUCCGCGCUGCGGGGCAAGCUCCCAGCCGAGCCGUGCUUCGUGGUCACUCCUGGUGCAGGCAAUAGGCUGGUCUUCAUCACCUGGCUGCCGGAAGGAGUGGCCGUGAGGCAGAAGAUGAAGACCUCCACAUUCAAGGCCUCUGUCGUGGAGAACGUGCGCAGCUUCAUCGGCGAGAUGGAGCUGUCGCUGGCAGAAGCGGGUGACGAUGAUGACUUAGAAGACGACCUUGGAGCGCCCCGUGCGGCUGCCCCCGAGGAGCCGGCACCGGCACCCAAGGCAGCAGGGCCGCGGCCUCCUGCAGGUGGCAUUGCCCUGCCGGGCUUUGGUCCGCCGUCGCCCCUCAAGCCCACCAGCCCAUCAACAGGCGAAGGUGGUUACUCGCAGAGCUCACCAUUGUUUCAGGAGAAGGAGAAGCUGGACGAGAAGUCGGUCUUCGGGGCCAAGCCUUCGGCUGUUGCAGGCGUGGCUCCGCCACAGCCUCAAAGUGCAGCGGUUGUGACCGAGUUUUUCAGCCUGCAAGAGCUGCAGGACUCCAGUUUCUGGAAGGAAAAGAACGUCGUGGCAACGGAGCGGGAACGCUACCUGAGAGAUGAUGUGUUCCAGACAUUGUUUGGGAUGGACAAGGAGGCCUUUGCCAAGCUUCCAAAAUGGAAGCGGGACAACAAGAAGAAG